UGAUUUCCAAAGCAAACAUUUUUAUGGCCAGCAGAGGGUCUUUCUGGGUUUCAAGCCUAGCGGAUAAGAAACAACAAAAAAAGGAAGCAGGGGAUAUCUUUCAGUUUCAGAGUGGGGCUGGCAAUGGCAGCAUUUUCUUCUUGCUGUGUAAAACCUCCUCCUCCGACCAUACGCCCAAAUAGACUCCCCUGCCCACGGUGCUCCUCCAGAACACCGGAUAACAAGAAAGCUGCCGCAUCCGGAACCGGAACUCCUCAGAUUUUGAAAGUCGUGGUGAGCGGCGCCACAGAGCUUUUGAGACUCUUCUCUUCCUCCUCCUCCACCUACAACAAAAAUAGAGUGAGUGAUGAAAAGAGGGAGGAGAUUUUAGUAUCUGGUGUUGAUGAUGUGGUGAAGAUCCUCCAAUCUGAUUAUGAGAAUUCCUACUUCGUAACAGGGGCUUUUACUUCUGCAAUAUAUGCUGAAGAUUGUAUCUUUGAAGAUCCAACGAUUAGAUUUGAAGGUACGGAGUUAUAUUCACGAAACUUAAAAUUGCUUGUUCCUUUCUUUGACCAUCCAUCAAUUGGAUUGCAAAAGAUCGAGAAGGGUAUGAAUUCCAAAACUGAUUUUGUGCUGGCAACGUGGAAGCUAAGGACUUACCUGAAACUUCCAUGGAAGCUGAUUUGCAUUGAUGGAAGUACAGUCUAUGAGUUAAAUGGCGACUUCAAUAUUGUUAGGCAUGCUGAGAGUUGGAAUGUUUCUGCACUCGAAGCAAUUGGCCAGAUAUUCACCCCUAGUUUUGGAAGGUCCAGUGCUUGAAUGUUCAAGGCUUAAUAAAUGUGAAGGAGUCAAAGAUUCAGACGAUACUGCCUCAGCAGUAGCUUCUUAUUAGAAUUUUCUUGGAAAUUACACAGUUUCUGUGGGUGUUUCAGAACUAUCAAAACAUAACCAUUGGGGAAAACAUACAACACGGCUCUAGGGUUAGGUUCAGGGUGGAGGUGCAUCUAAUUUGAUAACACUAAUACUUCUAUCUGUGAAUAUUAUUAGGAACUUUGGUGACUUGAGGCUCAUGACCUUUUUAUUUUUUUGGGGGGCUCACGAGAUAAUGAAGUGAAGAAACCAAUUUAAACUUUUAAGCACUUGAUUCAGCUUGGCUUGUUUACAGUCAUUUUGGAGGAUGUUAUCGUCUACUUUAAAGCAUAUAAUCAAAUUCUGUCUAUUUAUAUA